AUGGAUCAACCAGCACGUGAGGUCUACCAUUUCAAAGACAAAGAGCAGUCCUCCAACCUGCUCCUGCAGCUCAACAGACUGAGACAGGAGAACAUCCUGACUGAUGUGCUGCUGUGUUCAGAUAAUACAGAGAUCCCCUGUCACCGAAAUGUCCUGGUGUCCAGCAGCCCUUACUUCAGAGCCAUGUUCUGCAACAACUUUGUGGAGAGACAGCAGACCAAAAUAGACCUAAAGGGAAUCACAUCCACCAUUCUGAGCAGCAUUAUCGACUAUGUUUACACAGGACUCAUCAGCAUCAGCAUGGAUGACGUACUUCCUCUGAUGCAGGCAGCAUCCAUGUUGCAAUAUGGCCGCCUUUUUGAGGCCUGCUCGAGUUUUCUGCAGGAGCAGCUUAGCCCAGACAACUGCUUGAGUAUGAUAAGACUUUCUGAUAUCAUGAGCUGUAAAAGUUUAAGAGACAAAGCAAAAGAGAUGGCCAUGAAGAGCUUCUGCGACGUCUCAAUAUCUGAGGACCUGUGUGAGCUGUCUUUGCCGGAGCUCAUGGGAUACCUGGAGGAUGAUUCCCUUUGUGCAGAGGAGGAGCAGGUUUUUGAGACACUUGUUGCUUGGAUCCAUCACGAUCCUUUGUCCAGGCGAGGUGCCAUCAGUGACCUUUUCAAGAAGGUUCGCCUUCGAUAUAUCCACCCCACCUACCUCUUCCAGUUCAUAGCCAAUGAUCCUCUGAUCCAGUCCUCCACCCUCUGUACUGAACUCAUAGAAUCUGUUAGACGCCUCAUGUUCUCUGUUAGCACAAAAUGCAGUGGAGACAUCGCAGCAGACUUUAAACAUCCCUGGGUUACGCCAAGGCGCUACAGCUAUCAUGACAUGUUGGUGGUGGUAGGAGGGAGGAAGAAUAACGAGCAAACCUCAAGGGAGGCCAUAGUGUUCGAUGAGAGGAGCCAGAUGUGGCAGUGGCUUGCUAAGCUGCCUGUUCGUCUCUACAAAGCCUCCUACGUUGCCCUACACAGUAUCCUCUAUGUCAUCGGAGGUCUGACCACAAAUUCGAAGAACAGCGAAGUCAGUAGAACUGUCUACACCCUUUCCCUUAAGACCAACCACUGGCGGACAGCAGAGCCUAUGUUAGAGCCACGCUUUGCCCACCAGAGCGUCUCCUACCUCCACUUCAUCUUUGCCCUGGGCGGCCUUGGACCUGACAGGCGAUUGACAGACAGCGUGGAGAGGUACAACAGUAUGUUCAAUCUGUGGGAGUCGAUGGCACCCAUGCCUGAGGCUGUACUGCACCCCGCGGUGGCCGCUACUAACCAGAGGAUCUACAUGUUUGGAGGAGAGGAUGCCAUGCACAACCCUGUCAGAAUGAUACAGGUGUAUCACAUCGCCAGGAACAUGUGGUCUAAGAUGGAGAACAGAACAGUGAAGAAUGUUUCUGCUCCCGCUGUGGUCAUGGAUGAGAAAAUCUACAUCAUUGGAGGAUACACCAGGAGGAUGAUUGCAUACGACACCAAGGCCAACCGAUUCAUCAAGUGUGCCAACCUCAAGGAGAGGAGGAUGCACCAUUCAGCCACCGUUCUCAGUAACAAACUGUAUGUAACAGGCGGACGUUACAUCAAUGGCCACGACGUUAUUGAAGACUCGGACGCUUUUGAGUGUUACGACCCGAAAACAGACACAUGGACAAGUAAAGGGAGUCUGCCUUACAAACUGUUCGAUCACGGCUCCGUGACUCUCACAUGUGUCUCACAGACAUGGUCGAAAUCAUAA